AUGAUCAAAAUAUUAUAUAUCUAUCGAUUUAUUAUUAUUGAAUUAUUUCAAAAGAAAACAAAUAUUGAUUUAACAAAAAAACAACAUCAACAAUUAAAUUCUCUCGAAUUUACAAGUGAUUGUUGGCACAUUGUUAAAUUAUUAAUUAAAAUAUUAAAACCAUUUUAUGCAGCUACAAAAGCAAUGAGUGGUUGUGACUACCCAUCGAUUGGCAUUUCAUUUUACUUUAUACGUCGAAUUGAAAAAGAAUUUCUAUCUGUUAUUCAUCCAAAUGAUGAUGUAUUAGUAAUUAAUAUGAAAAAAUGUUUAUUAAAUAAAAUGCACCAUUACAAUGAAAAAGAUCCAUUACAAGCAAAAACAAUUACGGUGAGUUAUUUACAACAGUGGCCCUAUUCUAAAAUUCUAGAAUUUUAG